UCCCCUUCAUGCCGCAGCGCAGAGCUCCCGUGCGGGGCCCGGCCGGAUCCCUGCGGCCUCGCACUGCGACAGCCCGGCCGGCCCUGCCCGAGCCCGCCUCCGCCCCGCCCGCAGCCAGCGGGACUUCCGGCGGGGCCGGGCCUGAGGGGAGGGCAGAUGUUCUUCAUCCUCAGCGUCCUGGAACCUUGAAACAUGCCAUUAAGUGGAGGCCUAUAUGAUUGUGAAGACCCCACCUACUGGAGGACAGUGUUUGAUGUCUACUGGGAUGUACUCAAAGCCAAAGGAGGCAGGCAGAAAAAACUUGCUGAGUUGGAUAAAUGGUAUCAGGAGGAGCUGCCAGUUGCUAUUGCAGGAAGGAGAGAAAAAUAUCUGACACAGGCUGAAGUGGUGAAACUGAUGGAAUGGAAACUUGCUCGGGGAAAGUUUCGUCCUCGUCUGCAGCAGCUGGUGGCCAGUAACUCCAGUGAAACGGUGGAGGGCUGUACAAGGAAAGCUUUCCAGCUCCUUCCAGACGUGGCAGCUGCCAUUACUGAGCUGAGCCAGCUAAAGGCUGUGGGACCAGCCACAGCUUCGGCAAUUCUAGCUGCAGGAGCCCCAGAGGCUGCGGCAUUUAUGGCAGAUGAAGCAAUGGAGUCCAUUCCAGGCCUCACCCCAAUUCAAUAUACCCUCAAGCAUUACAUCCUCUACCUGGACAAGAUCCAACUCUGUGUCAAGAAACUAAACAAAGCGGAUACAGAGAAAGCAUGGACUCCUCAUCGUGUGGAGAUGUGUCUCUGGGCCUGGGCUGUGGCACAGAAAUUGUGUCCUUCACUGCUGCAGACUCUCAGCUCAGGGGGAGAGAAGGCAGCUGAUGAGGCGGAUGAGGAUGUUAGACCCACAAAGAAAUGGAAAGCCAGGUGAAAACAUUAUCAGCCAGGAACCUAACAAGCGUCACUCAGUGUUUGCCUCCUGUUAUCCGAUGCACAGUUUGACUAAAUGCCAAAGCUGGACUCCUUGGGGAAUCUAAAUAUUGCCCUUUUUGGGGGGGGGUCAUUCAGGGAAUGGGUCAAAUUGAUCAGGUGUGGGAAGAAACAAAGGGGAGCUCUUCUGUUUGAAUCACUCCCCAUUUGGAACCAAAGCUGAGCUUUCAAAUGGAGCCCUCUGCUUGGUGUGUGCAAUGAUUUUUACAAUAAUUCCUUAAUAAACUUUUGAUGGUUUUCGUACUACCACA